UCUCACGUUUGUUUGUUGAUUUGUUUAGAUCAUUAGCGUCGUCGUCGUCGUCGUCGUCUACGAUGACGAGCAUAAUCAGUGCCUCCCCUAGUCCAUCGACAGCGCCAUUUCCGAGCAAGAAGCACCCGACAAUCCUGCCAAAUGCACAUCCAUAUGCAAUCAAGACAACAUCAUCUGCCGUCCUCUCACGUUCGAACUCGUCGCCGCACUCAGCACACUCGGUCAAACACCAUUAUAUUCCCCCGUCACCAACUCGUCCGAGGCAUCGAUACACAUCUUCCUUGUCAUCUGUUGAAGAUGUAAACGUCAAUGAAAUUCCUUCCCCUUCACCUUCUCCGUUACCCGUUCCCCCCUCCCUUCCAACACGUGGAUCCAGUGUCUUCCUCAGUGAUGACGCAACGCCUCCUCGCAGACUGAAACGCGCGGAAACGUUACCCCCUACUGCAACUAUCCCUGUUAUUGAUGAUAUUGCUGUUGCGGAGGACAAUAACUUACCUCGCAAUCCCAAGCACUGGUCUACUGACGACCUCGCUUUACAUCUCGCCACUUCACUACGGGCAGGCAGCGAAUUGAGUGCUGAAGAUCAGGGAUAUCUCCUUCGCGCGAUCAAAGAACAAACUAUUACCGGUAGGGAUUUUUUGAGAAUAACUGACGCUGACCUCGCUAGCCUGUCACUGACAACUGCUCAGCGAUUCUAUCUGCUCGAGGUUUCCCGCGCCUUGCGCGCAGAUGUCAUCCGUGGUCGCAUAUGGGUGGACUCAUACCAUUCUAAAGACAUAUCCGCGCACUCAAAGGAUGUUUAUGCCAGAUCUACACGCAGCUCGAAUUCACCCUUCAACAGCAAAUUUUACAAUCUCUCCAAUUUCUCCACUUCUUCGGUGGAUUUAAUCCUCCCGCCAUCUGCCUCCAUAUUAGCUGACGGAGAGCUUCCACUAUCCCCAACUAUGACUCUGAAUCGCUCGAACUCAAUUUCAGAUUCAUCUGCACAGAGAUACAGAGAUCUUGCACGCAUGCGAAUGAGGAGACGUGGAAAGGUCAAGGGUCUUGUUGAAACUUGGGAACGCGAAAGAGGCGCCGCCAGCGGGAGCGAAAGCUCCAUGAGCGGUAGUGAUGCCGAUAGCGACAGUGACAUUCCAUCUGCAGAGUCACCCCUUCCAUCUACACUCUCUAAUCCGACAACCAGUCAAAGCAACCCACCACCUGCAUACACAUCACUCAGGGAAAUUGAGGACGAGCCGACCAUCGAGGAGCUUCUAGCUCCCUCUGGUCCUGUUAAUGGCGCACGUGCCUGGGAAGAGGACUACGCGUUGGGAGAGACCGUAAAGCGGAUCCCCACCAAUACGCCUGCUCCUUUACCAUUGGCAUCUACACCUCCGAACGCAGCGGCAGCGGUCGAAAUCAAUGCUGACUUAAACGGGCCUUCAGUCAGCAAGUUUAGUGUCCUGGGGAACGGUCGAGCUCAUAUGCAGAAGCGAAUCGUCACCGCGAUAUUUACCGGAGGUUCCGAUGGGAAGAUGGACACUAUAUCAGAAAGCAAACCUGUGGACGAAGUACCUCAGGCGGAUUUAGAUCUAGGGGAGGUUUCGGACAUCACUGACGCAGCAGAACUUGAAGUCGCUGUAGUCGAGUCAGCUGCAUCUGAAGGCGUCUCUCUUGCACCUGAACAAAGUGCUGCACCUUCCGAUGAUGAUGCCAUCAUUGCAGUGCUGGAAGCAUCCAUCGCGUCUACUCGCGCCCAGCUUGAGGCAUUCCGAGCACGUCUGGAAGCCGUCGAGGCACAAGUCACGACCCAGGAGGCUGUCAACCAAGCUUCCGUUCAUCCAGAAGAAACUCGACGGCCAUCCAGUGAACAUCACGCCAUAGACCGACCUUAUAUUCGUGAUCGGGUUCCUGCUCCGGACGAUAUCAUGUUCUCCGACUACAAUCUUGGUUUGAAAGAAUUUACCCGUUCAAUGAUUGCUCGCACAAUGGGAUGGAUAUACCCCUAUUCUCAUCCUGUUGCACAACCUCGCCCAGAAGUGAAGGCUGCCCGUUCUCGAGAGCCAAGCGUUUCUCUUGUCCGACCGCGCGUUCCUACCUUCCGUCUAUCCUACGUGAUUGUGUUCUCUUUCGUGCUUUGUGCAGCCGUUUUGCGCAGAGUGGGAAAGAGCAUUCGGGGUCGUUGAUCCCUGCCGAUACCUAUCCAGUCGAUUUUCCACGGACACCUCGUUAAUUCCUGAUAUUCAUGUCGAUCCUUGUACCAGUUACUCAGCAAAUUUGCACACCAGUUGUAUUCAUAUAUCAUUCCUCGUUAUCGUAUGUUCAUCUUGCUUUCUGUUUGCAGUGACUGUUUGUUUUACUUUGAGUGAUAUUUCGAGUUACUCUACUCAUGAUCUUUCAGCGGCAUUCAAUUGCAAGUUGGAUCGCAGACCAAAGUUAACAAAGUCU